AUUGGUUGGUGAACCUAAAGGUUCACCCUAUGGGGUGAACCCAAGAAUUUCUCUUAUUACAGAAGGGAUGAUUUGUUAGAUGGUCGGGGCCCAUAGCGAGAUUAUCGCACAUUAAAAUAUUAUCUGAGCUCAUAAAUAGCACGCAGCCCUAGGCUUCAUUUCGUCUCCACACGCCUCUCUUGUCUUCAGUCGUCAGAUUCGUCUCCUCCAUGAUCGUCUUCAUCUGAUUCAUCACUCCAUCAUAUCAUUAUCCUUAUCUUCCUCAACCAUCUGCAUCGGAAAGUGUGAUUUGAUUUUUUCGUCAUGUAUAAAAACGCAUCUUCCUCCAUCCUUCGAGCUGCUUCCUCUCGCUCCUUACGAUCCUCUUUGACUUCUUCCUCCUCCGCCUCUGCCGCCGCAUCUCCUUGUUCUCUUGUCGGUCAGAGAUCUUUUGCCACUUACUCCCCCGCUUUCCGUUCACUUGCUCGCUGGAGCCAUUGCCUUCACUCCAGACCUUCUCCCUUUCGCCUUAGCUCUCAGAUCAGAACUGCUUCCCCCGUUUUAGACCGACUCGAGAAGAACUUCUCAUCCAUGGCGUCAGAGCAUCCAUUUAAGGGUAUCCUCACGACUCUUCCUAAGCCUGGUGGUGGCGAAUUCGGAAAGUUCUACAGCUUGCCUGCUCUCAACGAUUCAAGGAUUGAUAAACUGCCUUACUCUAUCAGGAUUCUUCUUGAAUCUGCGAUUCGUAAUUGUGAUAACUUCCAAGUGACCAAGGAAGAUGUUGAGAAGAUUAUCGACUGGGAAAAGACUGCUCCUAAACAAGUCGAGAUUCCGUUCAAGCCAGCUCGUGUUCUUCUCCAGGACUUUACUGGAGUACCAGCUGUUGUUGACCUUGCUUGUAUGCGUGAUGCUAUGAACAAACUGGGCAGUGAUUCCAACAAAAUCAACCCCUUGGUUCCGGUGGAUCUUGUGAUUGACCAUUCUGUUCAAGUUGACGUUGCUCGUUCUGAGAAUGCAGUGCAAGCAAACAUGGAGCUUGAAUUCCAGAGAAACAAGGAGAGGUUUGCUUUCCUUAAAUGGGGUUCUACUGCCUUCCACAACAUGCUUGUUGUGCCUCCUGGCUCUGGUAUUGUGCAUCAGGUUAAUUUGGAAUAUCUUGGAAGAGUUGUUUUCAACACCCAAGGCGUUCUCUACCCAGACAGCGUGGUUGGAACUGAUUCACAUACUACUAUGAUCGAUGGCUUGGGAGUUGCUGGAUGGGGAGUUGGAGGCAUUGAAGCUGAGGCGACAAUGCUUGGCCAGCCCAUGAGUAUGGUAUUGCCUGGUGUUGUUGGAUUUAAACUGUCCGGGAAAAUGCGAAAUGGUGUUACAGCUACUGAUUUGGUUCUAACAGUAACUCAAAUACUGAGGAAGCAUGGCGUUGUUGGAAAGUUUGUUGAGUUUUAUGGUGAUGGUAUGAGUGGGCUGUCCCUAGCUGACAGGGCUACAAUUGCCAAUAUGUCUCCUGAGUAUGGUGCAACCAUGGGCUUCUUCCCUGUGGAUCAUGUGACUCUACAGUAUCUCAAAUUGACUGGAAGAAGUGAUGAGACCGUGGCCAUGAUUGAAGCAUAUCUUCGGGCAAACAAUAUGUUUGUUGAUUACAGUGAGCCUCAGCAAGAGCGGGCUUACUCGUCAUAUCUAGAACUGAACCUGGACAAUGUUGAACCUUGCAUUUCUGGACCAAAGCGGCCACAUGAUCGUGUUCCUUUGAAGGAAAUGAAAGCUGACUGGAAUUCAUGUCUCGACAAUAAAGUUGGAUUCAAGGGUUUUGCAAUCCCUAAAAAGGCACAAGAAAAAGUGGCGAACUUUUCUUUCAACGGAAAACCAGCAGAGAUAAAACAUGGAAGUGUGGUGAUUGCUGCGAUCACAAGCUGUACUAAUACAUCAAACCCCAGUGUCAUGCUUGGUGCUGGUCUUGUUGCCAAAAAGGCUUGUGACCUUGGCCUACAGGUUAAGCCUUGGAUAAAGACAAGUCUUGCGCCAGGCUCAGGAGUUGUUACAAAAUACUUAUUAAAGAGUGGACUGCAAGAAUAUCUGAAUCAGCAGGGUUUCAAUAUUGUCGGCUAUGGCUGCACUACAUGCAUUGGUAACUCUGGAGAAAUUAAUGAAUCAGUGGGAGUUGCUAUCACAGAAAAUGACAUUGUGGUGGCUGCUGUGCUUUCCGGAAACAGGAACUUUGAGGGUCGUGUUCAUCCACUAACAAGAGCCAACUACCUUGCAUCUCCUCCUUUGGUUGUUGCGUACGCUCUUGCUGGAACGGUUAACAUUGACUUUGAAACGGAGCCCAUUGGCACUGGAAAGAAUGGCAAGGAGGUCUUCUUAAGGGACAUCUGGCCAACCACGGAAGAAAUUGCUGAGGUGGUUCAAUCGAGUGUUUUGCCAGACAUGUUCCGAGCAACAUAUGAGUCGAUCACCAAGGGUAACCCGAUGUGGAAUGAGCUGUCUGUUCCUGAAAAUACCCUCUAUUCAUGGGAUCCUAAGUCAACUUACAUUCACGAGCCACCAUACUUUAAGGACAUGACCAUGGAUCCUCCAGGUCCACACAGUGUGAAAGACGCUUACUGUCUGCUCAACUUUGGUGACAGUAUCACCACUGAUCACAUCUCGCCAGCUGGGAACAUCCAGAAGGACAGUCCCGCUGCAAAGUAUCUCAUGGAGCGUGGCGUUGAUCGCAAGGACUUCAACUCAUAUGGAAGUCGCCGUGGAAAUGAUGAAAUAAUGGCCAGAGGCACAUUUGCUAACAUCCGUAUCGUUAAUAAGCUCAUGAAUGGGGAAGUUGGCCCUAAGACCGUUCACAUUCCUUCUGGAGAGAAGCUCUCAGUUUUCGACGCAGCCAUGAGGUAUAAGUCAUCUGGUGAAGACACAAUUAUUCUAGCUGGAGCCGAGUAUGGAAGUGGUAGCUCACGUGAUUGGGCUGCUAAGGGACCUAUGCUACAGGGCGUUAAAGCGGUGAUAGCAAAGAGUUUUGAGAGGAUUCACCGAAGCAACUUGGUGGGAAUGGGAAUCAUUCCGUUGUGUUUUAAGUCCGGUGAAGAUGCAGACUCACUGGGAUUGACGGGUCACGAACGCUACACGAUCCAUCUCCCGACAGAUAUAUCAGAGAUAAGACCUGGACAAGAUGUUACCGUUACUACCGACAACGGAAAGUCUUUCACUUGCACAGUCCGCUUUGACACUGAGGUGGAACUGGCAUACUUCAACCAUGGAGGCAUUCUUCCAUAUGUCAUCAGAAACUUGAGCAAGCAGUAGGGAGCGGUGAAAGGAACUGACACAAAUCUUUUUUUAAAUAAAGAGAAGAGGAUCUUUACGAUCUGUUUUUCAAAUGUCAUUUUUAAAAAAGGCAGAUAAGUCUGUCGAGGAUAGGUGAAAAGGUGGAAUGAUCUAUCUCCUGCAAUAUGUGGGUUUUUUCUACAGUUUCAGUUGUUAUUUUACUCGUAUUGCUCCCUUAAGUUUGUGCAGCUUGCAAGGGCUGAGUAUAUUAUUUUGGGAAAGAAUAAAAAACGAGUGUCUUGAAUACGAUCUUCUUAUACUUUAUUAGUGGAAAAUGUUGCAAAGAUUUUA